AGACACAAUAUGGUCCCGUGGCUGCUAUGCGAAAAAUCAUUUGGUUUUUUUCCCCUCCCUUCUCCCUUGAGUAUUAGCUAGCUGCUACUGCGUACUCUGUGUGUGUGUGUGAGAGAGAGAGGAAAACUAGAAGAAAUAAGCGCAGGUCCAAUCAAGAGCGUGUGUGGAUAUUUAUUGGUAGGCUAGCAAGUGUGAAUAAUUGGGAUGGGAAGAUCCCCUUGCUGCUCCAAGGUUGGGCUCCGACGAGGCCCUUGGUCCACUAAAGAAGACACUCUUCUCGCCAAUUACAUCACCCAAAACGGUGAAGGCCAGUGGAGAUCUCUCCCAAAGAAAGCCGAUCUAAUGAGAUGCGGGAAGAGCUGCAGGCUGAGGUGGAUGAACUACCUCCGGCCGGGGAUAAAGCGCGGCAACAUAAGCGAAGACGAGGAGGAUCUCAUCGUACGCCUCCACGGCCUCCUCGGCAACCGCUGGUCCCUAAUCGCCGGCAGAUUGCCAGGUCGAACGGACAAUGAGAUCAAAAACUACUGGAACACACACCUCCUCAAGAAGCUCAACUCCGCCGCCGCCCCUCACAAGGACCUUCCCCACCUCGCCACCAAGCCCACAAAGCACAAGAAGCCAACCCCCGCCAAGCACAAGAAGCCAACCCCAAACCCUCUUCCGCCGAUCGAUGACGCUGCUCCGCCGAAGGCGAAGGUGUGCGUGCCGAAGCCGAUCAGGGUGUCGUCGGCGUUCUCCCGCAGCAACAGCUACGACAGCCUGGCCUCCAACAGCGACGCCGCCUACGUGCCGGAGAAGGACCUUUCAUUCCCGCCGGUGCCGUGGCCGCCGAUUUUCGAGCUCGACGGGGACUACGGCGGGGCCGAUGAUUUCCUCGACGGAGGGUUUAUUUUGCCGGUGCUCAACCACUCCGAUUCCAUAUCCAGCGAUGUCAACAUGUUGGAGCAGGUCUACGAAGAGUACCUCCAGCUUCUCUAGAAGAUUUAAUAAAAUAGAAAAAUAAAAAAAAAAUGUAAAUAAAUAAAAAAUACUAUGUAUGGUUGUGCGAUAAUAAACUUUUUUUUUAUUAAUUUACAAUAAUUCUUACUAAUUAAUGUGGGUAGAAGAGGAUUAGGUCCCGCAAACUUGAAAGCCUUGUUCCAUUAUAUUGGGAUUUUUGUCUUAUUAAUGUAUUACCACCUUCAAAUCUAAAAA